AGAGGUGCGGGCGAACAUCAAAUCAGUAUUUGUGAUAACAUCAGUUUUGAAGUGGUAGUUGUGCAAUGCCAACUUCGGCGAGCCGAAAGUUCACGAAGCAGCCGAAGAUGACGUCACGUUGAGGAAACUGCGAACAAAAUUUUUCGCAGCCUUGUCGUCACCAUCAGCUGAUCGUUUGUUUACAUCUUUUUCGUGACUAAUACAAGCAAACACAUACUAAGAGCCGGACCUGUUAUAUAUGACAUUGGUUUUGACGUCCGAAUUCAAACUGUCAAACUCAGGCUGAGUUACUCGCAGCUUAUUGUUGUUUGCGUUUCAUUUGAUUGUGAUCAUUUUUUUCCUGGAUUUGCAGGAAAUUUCUACAUUAUUUCUCGUGAAUUAUGACUCAAAUGUGAACCUAGAGUAUUAGUUCCGAAGCACCACAACGUAAAAAUGCCGCCUAUCUGCCUAACGUGUACGCGAGGCACUGCGCCCAACGAGUCGAUUCCGAUCGGCAGUUCCGGAGCUGCUCACAGUGCACUGGCCAAACAUUUCUGGUUCAACGAGGAUGAAAGCAGCAACGCCGUCCUUUGCCAGUUAUGCUGGGGGAAAAUCGACGAGUUUCAUCAGUUUUACUGCGAAAUUGAAAAGAUCCAUUCCCAGGGGAGUGGUCAUCCCAUUCAAAUGUUGGAAAUCAAACAGGAACAAGAGGUGGUCGAAAGUUUGAGCGCGGAGAUUAAGAAUGAGAGUGAGGAAGUGGAGGAUAAAGGGACGAAAGAGAGUAAGGUUGAAGAAAUGGAUGAUGAGGUAACAAAAGACGAGAACAGUGAGGAAUCCGACAGGGAUUGUCCCAGUGAUAAGGACAAUGAAUCCGAACAGGAAAAGGUCGUUAGGAAGAAAUCGGUUCGCAAGAAGCCCACCACCCUGAGGGCGGAUAUACUGGCCAAGGUCGAUAAGUACGCAGCGAAGCACGUUACUCUGGAGUGCAGCUUCUGCGCGGUCAAGUUCCCCACAUUUGACCGCCUGCAGACGCACUCCAAGAAGGCCCACAAGAAGCAGACAACCGUCCUGUGCUGCGGGAAGAAAUUCUGCCAACGGGGUAGAUUUUACGACCACAUUCAGGUGCACCUGAACCCGAACCAGUUCCAGUGCGACCAGUGUGACAAACGCUGUCCCAGUUCGGAGGCCUUGAAGAGUCACGUGGACAUCAAACAUGCUGCCGAGAAGACGUUCCAGUGCGAAUCGUGUCCCAAGAAAUUCGCCCUGAAGAGCUUGGUAGUGGCUCACCGGAAGCGGUGCCAUUCUGAGGCUCAAAAUGACUCGGCCAGCAACGACAUUGAGGAAGGUGACGAAACGGAUGCCGAUGAGGCGAAGAAAGCGAUCAAAGACGAAGCCUUCAUCCUGGCCAACAUAAGCCUGGAAUGUCACGUGUGCAGUGUAAAGCACAGCUCCUAUCAGGACUUCCUUAAGCAUUCUCAGGCGGCUCACGGUGUACACGCGGCUGUCUACUGCUGCGGUCACAAGUUCACCCGGAAGCCUCGGAUAAUCGACCACAUCCUGUACCACCAGGAUCCCUCCCAGUUCCGGUGCGACAUCUGUCCGAAGCAGUUCAAGCACAGCCUGGCUUUCAGCAGACACAUGGGGAUGCGCCACGUCCAGGAGGAGGCCAAAACGUUCCAGUGCAGCAUGUGUCCGAAAGCGUUCUCGCGGAAGCAGUUUUUGCACGUGCACGAAAAGUACCACCGCAAGAUGAGCGAGAAGAACUUCCAGUGCGCACAUUGCGAUAAAUUCUAUGCGUUCGAGUCGAUGCUGAAGCAACACGAACGGCUGGUCCAUACCAAGGAGUGUCACUUUGUGUGCCACAUUUGCGCCCGGGGCUUUCAGGCGUUGUCUUCGUACUCGUCGCAUUUGGCGUCCCACGAUGAGGAGGCGAAGAAGGACAAGCCACCGGAGGAGCGAUUGCAGUGCAGUGUUUGCAGUAUAUGGGUCUACAAGCAAAACUACCGGAAGCACGUGCUGCUCCACUCCGGUACCCAAACGUGCGACAUCUGCGGCCAGGAGUGCAAAAACGUGAUGGCCCUGCGGUACCACAAGGCCCAACACCGGCGCGGAGACUGCAGCUGUUCCGUGUGCGGCAAAACCUUCAAGCGCAAGUUCUCGCUCAAGGAGCACAUGGCGUCGCACACCGGGGAAACGCUCUACCAGUGCGAUUUCUGCGACCGGACGUUCAACUCGUCGGCAAAUCGGGCGUCUCAUAGGAAGAAGAGACACCCCAAGGAGUGGCUGGAGGACAAGCUGCGAAAGAAUCCGAACCUGCUGAAGGAUGGGCAACUGACGGCGGCGGCGGGGGAGCAAGAUGGGGAUAGUUUUAUGUAGGGAGGUUGGCGAAAGUAAGGCCGCAGAGGUAUUUAAUUUAACCGGAAUAAAUUACACAAUCGUGAUUACAAGUGUACGAUACUCUGAGAA